AUGCUAAAAGAAAUAGAUUGCCAGGAAUGUGAUGAAGAAGACGUUCAUGAAUGGAUGAAUAUCGAUGAUGCAGAUCCAGGAUGCCAAAUCGUGCAGGACAGCGAGAUUGUAAACGUCGUCACCGAUAAAGAUGACGCCGCCAGCAUCUCGUCAGUCAGUGCUCCAGGAAGUGAAGAUGAAAUGACGACGCCGGCGCUGGUGGGCAUAUGCCUGGGCGGCGCGCUCUUCCUGGUGGCGGUGGCGGCGGUGGCCUGCAGCGGCGGCCUGGGCGCGCUGUCGCUGCACCAGCCGCCGCGCAGGCCCACCGCCGUCCGCUCCCCGGCCGGCGGCGCUCCAGCCCCGCACUACCUGCGCAAGAGCCCCUCGCCCACCGGCAACCCGGCCAAGACUCCGCCAGGGUCUGGCCAGAGCGCUGCCUCAUCCCCGACGUCUGGCCUGCAGACUCCGCAGCAGCAGCCGGGCAAGACGCUCUCCCCUGACCAGCCGCAGCCCCCUCAACAGCCACAACAGCAGCAGCAGCAGCAGCAGCAGCCACUGACGCCGGCGACUCUACCGCUAACCGAGUACCACACCGAGGACGAGACGCUCAGAGACAAGCCCAGCACGCCCAGUAAGGAGGAGCUCGAGACCAACGAGAAGAACCUCACUGCCGGACGCCUCGGGCAACUCGUCUUCAAGAUCAGGUACAAGCGUGACAAGAGUGCACUCAUCGUGACGGUGGUGCGCUGCCGCAACCUACCAGCCAAGGACACCAGUGUGGGCAGCAGUGACCCCUAUGUGAAACUGCAGCUGCUGCCAGACAAGCUGCACAAGGUCAAAACGCGUGUGCUGCGCAAGACACGUGACCCUGUCUAUGACGAGGACUUCACCUUCUACCGUGUCACCUACAAUGAACUCCAGAGCAUAACACUACAUUUUGUGGUACUGAGUUUUGAUCGCUACUCACGAGAUGACAUUAUUGGAGAAGUGUUCUGCCCUCUGGAUUCUGUGGACUUGGUACAAGCAGAGACUCAACAACUGACACUUUGCCGAGAUAUUCAUCCAAGGAGUCUGAAGAUACGUGCUCAAGGUCGAGGUGAAAUACUUGUCUCCCUGUGUUGGCAGCCAGCAGCUAACAGGCUAACUGUUGUAGUACUCAAGGCACGAAACUUGCCAAAGAUGGAUGUUACUGGACUAGCAGAUCCCUAUGUAAAGAUGUACCUACUGUACAACAACCAGAGGAUAGCUAAGAAGAAGACACACGUGAAGAAAAGGACCCUCAACCCAGUAUUCAAUGAAUCAUUUGUAUUUGACAUUCCAGCAGGAGCAGAAGGGUUGGAUAACAUUAGCUUAGAAUUCUUGUUGCUUGAUUGGGAUAGAGUAACAAAGAAUGAGGUAAUAGGUCGCCUGGAACUGGGAGCAGCAAAAAGCACUGGUUCAGCACUCCACCACUGGAAUGAAGUCUGCAACUCACCACGCAGGCAGAUUGCAGAGUGGCACAAACUCCGAGAGUAAUAAAUGAACACCCAGAGUCAUUUUCGUUACAAGUGUGAUUUGGUAUAACUGGGUGUUAGAAAUUCCAUGCAAACCCCCACUUAUUGUCUCUAUUAUAAUCACAUCAUGACCAACCUCAUAGUAAUUCACUUUAACCUAUGUUUUGGAAGUCAGCUGUUGGUGUUGUAUUAUAUGUAUAUGAAACAGAAUUUCUGUAAUUAACCGUUAAAAGUAUAUCAAAUUACAAUUUACUAUGAAAAAGCAAUGUUUGUUAUGUAGGCUUACAAGGUUUUUUCAAUGCUGCUUGAUAUCAGCUGUAACAAAAAAAUAAUGUAUAUUGAGUCUCAUUUCAAAACAACUCAUUUGUACUUGUGGGGAGAACAAAUCAAAGCAUGCCAGUAUGUCUUAUUUGAACUGAGAAGAACAUCUCUUGGUAAUCAUAACUCUGAAUAACAAAAAAUCUGUCUGCUACUUGUGUGCAUCUCAUAAUCCUUUGCAGAACACUAAAUGUUGCAUAACUUUGGUAAACACCAUAUCCUUGAACAACACUGGCUGGAAAAACAGCUAUUCAAAUUGCUGUUCAAAAGUAAGUUGGAACAGUAAAGUGGUGCACAGAUUUACAUCCAUAUCUUACAUACAUGAUUUCAUUUACUAACAACGUAAACAUGAGCCAAUUUCAUGCUCCUACUCAAUCUCAGCUAGUUUGUCAUAGGUGUUUGGUUGUUUUGCUCUGUUAAUGUUUGCAGUAUUCCAACUUCCAAAACCAGAAUGAAUAACAUUUUAUUUGAAUGCUUUAUGUAUCCAAGUGGAUGAAUCCUGAGAAAAAAAAUCAUAUUUCUGUAAUUACAGUAAUUAUUUUCAAGUUUUUUUUAUUUAAAAACAAUUAAUGAAACAGUUGUUACAGACAUGGUUCUGGUGUAAAAUGUUGUACUAAUUUUAUCAAAAUAUGGAAUCCUUUACCCUCAACAUAUUAUUACACAUCAGAUCCUCAUACAGCUCCUACUUGAGAUAUUAACCCUGAACUGCAAAAAUUUGUAACACGUUCUACAUCUACAUGGAUACUCUGCAAAUCACAUUUAAGUUCCUGGCAGAGGUACAGCUUGUGUCAAACUGUGUUCCCUCAAAACAUAAACUGAACAUAAAUAAUGAAGAAUUCUACAAAUCCAUUGCAUAUAGUGUACUUGACUGCAUACUGUCACAUGUAUUUACUGAUAAACUAUUGUUUUAUUCCAGUUUUACAAAUGUGAAGGAACCAGCUUUCAAGACAGAGUAUUUCCUCAACUGAGACGAAGGCCCUACUUGCAUUUUUAUUUACUUGAUUGUUCAUACCAAAUCAGUUACAAUAUAAUCAAUAUUUAGUGAGGCAAAUUUUCUUAUAAAAUCUUAUAAAAAUAAUGAAUUUUAAAUCAGCUCCUCUGUUCAAGUACAUGGAUUUCCUGAAAGUGAUUUCCUUUCUUUAUUUACUCUAUUUAAAGUACAUAUUGUGAAAACUCCUAUAUUUUUAUGCUAAAAGAAGAGAUACAUUUGUUGAGACAUCCUUAAAACUGUGGCUGUGCAUAUGAAGUUGAUGCUGUUGUGUCUAUCAAUGUAUUUCCUAGCUUCAGUUUGGCAGCUUCCUUCUCAGGGCAUAACACAAAAUCUUGCUCCAAGUUGCAAAGUGGGCACUGUGAUUAAUUACUGAGACACAUUAACGAUUUGACCUGGACCAUAUCUUGCAAACUCAUCUCUGUUGUUUCAUGCUAAUGCUUUCUUGCCUGAGGGAAGAAGGGUUUAAAGACACUGUUACCAAAAAUGCUAGCACAUAUUCAAAUCUAUCACAUGUGUUUCAUCACCAACCACAGAAGCCCUUGAAUUCUGCCACUGGAAUAAUGUUUCUAGUAAAGGAAUUUGGUACAGGAAAAGUGGAAGAGUAACAUUCCAUUAUAUCAUGAAGGACUAUUAAACAGUUCAAGUAACAUAGUAUAUGCUGUAAAAGCCAGAUAUGUUUUCAACUCAUGUCUAACACACAGUUUUAGUAUCUCAAAAAGGUUCAUGAUUGACCCUCCCCUGCAUCACAGAGUUAAAUUAAAUCACAUUCAUUUUCUUUAAUAGAUGCCAACUACACCACUGUUCUGUGUUUUAUUGUGCAUUAUCUUUAAUUUUGUCAUCUUUUAACAAACAUUUCACUAAAAUUCACAGGCAAAACUGUCAGGGUAAAGACAAGAGUCUUGCUUCAUCUCAGGCAACAGUUCCUGUGUGAUAAUUAAACUAUAAUUUCUAUUUUACAAAUUUUAUAGGCCUAUGUAAUGAUUCUUGUUGUAAUUAUGUGAUUUUCCUUGAGCUGCAAUUACUUGUCUGGUAGAUAUCCCGGUACCAAUAACACCCAUUCACAUAACCCAUAAUUAUGUUUUAACACAUUGAAUGUCAAUGUUUUGUUUAUUUAAUACCAUAGUUAUGUGUUUUCACUUCUAACAAUGAUCAGAUUAAUUUCUUAGUUUUGCACUUACAUUUAAGUAACAACAUAUUUCAUAGUUCAACAGAAAUUCUUGAAAAAAUAAUUUCCAUAAAACAGUGGAAACUGUUAAGAGAGAAACAGUAUCAAUUGUAAAAAAAAUGAUACUCCUGUUCUGAUGUAAAAACAACAGAACACUGAUUGUAACAUGAUUUUAAUGCUCAGAUAUUUCUGUGAAAAGAAAUCAAAAUGUAAAUAUUGACCUCUGAUGAUGAAGUAAUAUUGGUACUUUUAUCAUUUAAUUCUAACUGAAUGCUAAUGUCACCAGUCUGAAUAACCAGAAGUAGGACAGGCAAGCAACAGGAAGAUAAGCUAUGUUGUGUCAUUUGCUUCGGCUUCAAUUUUGCAAAUUUAUCUAGAGCUAUCUGCAAGAUAAGUAAAUGACACAAUGCUGUAUUUGGUGUUAUGUGUUUAUUACUACUGUCAUAAGCUUUUUAAGUUAAAUUCAUAAUUGACUUUUUUCCUAAUUGUUUUACCAAAUCUUUAGAGGUAAGAUAGCUUAAUUUUAUGGAAGAGAUCACAGGUGCAUAUAUUUUGAUUAAUAAAUUAUCCUUGUUCAUCGUGGAGGGCUGUUCCGCAGUGCAGAGGAACAAAUUAUGAUUUUUCAUGAAUAAAACAUAGCCUUUUUUAUAUUUUUAUAUGAGUGAAAUAGAAUUUGAGUAGUGGAUAUGGAGCUUUCAUUGUUCCAUUUAUAUUUGUUGACUAAUUAUUGCUGUGAACUGGAUCCGUGGCAAGUGCUUCAGUAGGUGAAAUUCAUCCAAAAUAUUUGUACAGUUAGUAAUAGAUAACCCAGUACUUUCACCCAUAGAAUACAAGUUCAUAAGAACUUAUCUAUUUUCUUCACCACUAACAAAUUGCAGCCUUACUGUAACAUUGUGAUACAUUUCAUGUUAAUAUUAGAAUGUCACUGUAAUUUAUGUACCAAUAUUGACUAGUUUAAUAAAGUACAUUAACAUAACAAA